CUGGGUUACGGUAACCAAGGUUGCACAACCAUCAUUGGUAAAAAUAGAAAGACCGACGUAAGCAACAAUGGGUCUUGGCGGUUCCAUUCUCCUUGAUCGUGACUUGAAAAAGUCGGUUUCUAGUUCUGCUAUUCUUCUCCUUAUAGCCCUGGUUUUUUGGCUCGUGGUUUUUUUUUAUUCAUCUUUUAUACUCAAUGCUGGGAACCGACUGGAAGAAUCCUCGUCAACGACGUAUUGUACUUUCCUAUCUAUACGAUUGGUUACUGGUCGUCAUUAUGACGGCCGUUUUCUUUGCCAUCGAUGUGAUACCUCCUUUUCGCCGCGAGUUUUCAUUGACAGAUAAGACGAUCAUGUUCCCUUAUGCACACCAAGAAUCUGUCCCUGUGUGGUUGCUGGUGGUUAUCUGUUUUUUCGGUCCAAUAUUGGUGAUUGCUGGUGUAUCUCUGGGACUUCGAAGGAGUGUCCAUGAUUUUCACAGCGGCAUUUUAGGUCUUUGUUUGGGCCUUUCCAUCACCAUUAUGAUGACAGAUGUUAUCAAGAUCACGGCCGGCAGACCAAGACCGGAUUUUCUAAGUCGAUGUCAGCCUGUUGCUGGCUCCGUCGAUCCUCCUCUGGGACUGAGCAAUUACACCAUUUGCGCUACCCCUUUCAAUACACAUAUCAUGAAGGACGGGUUUAAAAGCUUCCCAAGCGGACAUUCCUCAUUUUCAUUUUCUGGAUUGGGAUAUCUUGCCUUUUAUCUGGCCGGCAAGAUGCGCAUGUUCGAUGAGCGCGGACAUACAUAUAAAGGGUUCCUAUUUGCUUUCCCAUUAAUAGGGGCAUUACUCGUCGCCAUUUCUCGCACCCGAGACUAUCGUCACCACUGGCAUGAUGUAUUUAUCGGAGCCUUACUGGGUACAUCCGCAGCCUAUUUUGCGUAUCGACAGUACCAUCCUUCGUUAGCCCACGCUACUUGCCAUCAUCCAUUUGCCGUACGCAUCGGUCCCGUGGAGCUUCAAGCCAAUGAUUUUGAGAGAGGCGAAGCCACUGAUCCAUUUACUGACAGUCGCGUAGCCGGAUCAACCAAUCAACCUUACGAAGCACCAUUGAGCAGUGGGGAUAACUACAGCUUGCACCCUUCCGUGUCUCGUGAUCAACGACACGGAUCUGGAGCCACUGACGAUCUAAGCUUCCAAUCCAGCAAUAGCACUCAUUUUAAUCGAGACGAUACCACCAUGUUAUUACAAAAUGGCUACGAUAAACGUUGACAUUUUUGAAUAACGAAUUCACAAUGCACUUGUCGUCCAUUUCCUAUUGAUAUUUUAAUGUAAUGUAAAAAAGCCAUGUCCCAGCCGAUGCUUGAGACUUUUGGCGCAGUUGUAGAUUUAUAACUUGAUCUAUGUGCAAUGCCAUGUCUUUUUUAUCUCUUCAUUUGAAAGCAGAAUAGUGAAUGGUCAUAAAUACAUGAAAAAAAAGGUAAUAUAAUGGAAAAUGCAAAAAA